AUGAGCGGCCACGCGGACGCUGCACCCCAGCAAGCCAGCGCGUCCAUCCCAGCCGCUGGCGCACUCCCAGCUGGUGCCGGCGUCGGCGCCCACCUGCAGCUGCCGCCACCACCGCCGCCGCCCCCGCUUGACCGAGCCGGCGCGCAGUCGGCGCGCCGUGUCACGUUCGACAGCCCCAAAGACAUAGAUGCGGCCAAAAAGGCCGCGGGCGCGGCGCUCGCGGGCCUGGACCUCGCCACUGCCAAGGUACAUCUGGACGCGUCGAAAGCCGCAGUCGACGCCAUGCGCGCCAGCGGCGAGCUCCCGGCGCACCCCCCGCGCAGGCCCGCGCGGGAGCUGCGCAGCGCGAGCGCGCGGCAGCUGACGUACAAGGGCGCCGGCGCGGCCGCGCCGCCGCUGCGGCACAACCUGCCGCUUGGGGCGGCGCUGGGCACCCCAUUGGGGGCUGACGGCAGCACCGUGCGGCGCGUGUCCGCGUCUGAUGAGAUGUUUGCUGGGACGGUCGAUGGCCCCGGCGGCGCCACGCAGGGGCCUGGCAGCAUGCGCCGAUUGCCGGGGCGCAGUAUCAGCCUGCCGUAUGUGAUGCACGGCCGCGCUGGCAUGCAGGCGCGCCUGACGGCAACACUGGCGCAGGACGCGGCGCUGCAGCAGCGACUACUCACACUGCAGCAGCAGCAGCUGCAGCAGCAGCAGCAGCAGCAAGGCAGCAUGCACCGACUGAACCUGGUGACAGUGCAGCACCCGCACAUGCAGCAGGUGCAGCAGGUGCAGCACCCGCAAAUGCAUCAGGUGCAGAUGCAGCAGGUGCAGCAAGUGCAGCAGGUGCAGCAGGUGCAGCUGCAGCACGGGCCCCCCUCUUGGGCCGCAGCCGGCCAGGGCGCCGUGUGCGUCGCCCCUGUGGUCCUCAAUGGUUCGCUCCUCCCGGCUCUCUCCGUCCCAGAGGGCACAAUUCUGCAGUUGGUGGACGGCGUCGUGGAGCCUGUCGCGUGGGCGGCGGCGCCCCAGGACGCCGGGUAUCAGGUGUGCAACAUGCAGGCGGCGCAGCAGCAGGUGAUCGUGCCCGGCGGCGCCGGCGGCUGGGCGCAGCCGCAGCAGGUGCAGCAGGUGCAGGUGGUGCAGCUGCAGGCAGCCCCGCCGCAGCAGCACCAGCAGCACCAAUACCACCACCAAUUCCAUCAGCACCCCAUCACCACUGCGGCGGCGGCGCCGGCGGCCUCGUCGGCCACCCCUCUGGUUGCCCUUGACGCCGUGUGGGCCGCCAACGGGCACAGCAACCUCCAAGUGCAGGCGCCCUUGCAGGCCGCCCCGCUGCCCGGCACACAGCAAAACCUCGUACAGCAAACCCCAGGCGAUCUGGCGCCGGCGCUGGACGCUUACAGCAGGGCAUCCUGGCAGGCCGUCAUGCAGGCGCGCGCCGGCGCCGGCGACGCCGGCGGCGCUGCCGCGCUCGCGAGGGCGUCGCAAGAGCUUUCGCUGCUGGCCGCGGCGUGCGGCGCCUUGAGCGCGCUGGCGGCGCCCGACGCCGGGGUCCGCGCUCUGUAUGAGAUGUCGGUCGUCGCGGCCGCGGCGCAGCAGCGCGCGGCGGCGCACGAGGGGCUGUCCGCGCCGACUGCGCUGGCGGUGCGGCUGCUGGCGGCGCUGGCGGCGCCGCUGUGCUACUCGCGCGGCGCCGCGCAACCGGAUGCGGACCACUUGGAGGCUUGCUUCCUGCUUCUCGGUACCCUGGCCGCCCCCAACCCCGACCUCUCCUCUGAGAUCACCGCCGCCCACGCCGCCGCCCGCGCCGCGCCGCCGCCCGCGGGCGCGGGCGCUGGCGCCGGCCCGCUCGAGCGCCAGGCGGCCGCGCGGCAGGCGCUGGCGACACUGUCCGGGCUCGCCGAGCGCAACCAGCAGUUGCUGGCCGCGCGCGCGUCCGGCGGCGUCGACACGCCUCUCUCUGCCUUCUUCGCCGGCGGCGCCGCGACGGGGCCGCUCUGCGCGCCGGCCCCGCCCCAGCAGCAGUUCCAGCACCAGCGGCAGCAGGAGGGCGGCGGCGGCGCCCCGGGAAGCUUCCCGCUGCAGCCGGGGCAGCAGCCCUACGUGACGGUCGCGUCACCCGUCCCCUGA